AUGGUGAACCUGCAGUGCCGCAUCCUCAUCCUCAUUGCCCACCUGAAGAGGAAGUGUCAGUGCAGGCCAGAAGACAAUAUUGAUCUUCUGGAUGAAUCAGGGGUCCUGAUGAACCUGAGCAAAGUAGAAAAUCCUGCAUCUGAAUUUGCCAGUAGAUACCUGCAGGAAAGGCAGCGCUACAUCCUCAUCAGAGUCAUCCGAGAAGAAAGCACUGAAGCCACCUGCUAUGAAUCCUUACUGGAGAACCUGGGGAAACACUACCCUGACCUCCCAGAUCAGCUGCAGAAACUGUCAGCAAACCCCCAGCUGAGAGACCAGUGGAGAAGGGGCCCUCCACAGAAGAGGGCUCAGUCCCUCACCCGCACCCCAGCCAGGCGCAGGCCCACCCCACAGAGCAAGAAGAGCCUGGAGCUAAAGGGCACCCCGAGAUGAGGUACAGGCCUGAUGGGAGCAAGGCCUGUUGCUGCUCACAAGUGCAGAGUGACCAUACCAGGUUCAUCACUGCUGCACAGCACUAACCU